CUAUGGGUUCCCAGUUGGCGCAGCAAACAGCAUAAAUAUCCUCUUCCAGAGUCAUCCAGCAUCUAUUUCGCACUUCAUCAUGCUUGGCUCCACGUUCUUUUUGGCAGUAACCUGUUUGCUGAUAAAUUCAGCCGGCUCCCAGAAGAUUCAAAGUGUGGCGUGUGAAGGAUCAGAGGCUCAGCUUAAGUGCGGCAAAGGUCAGGUUAUUUCUGUGAGCAGAGCCACAUAUGGACGCCUUGACAGAAACACAUGUUCCUCUGGAAAACCUGCCAACCAGAUAAGCAACAUCAAAUGCUCCAGGAGCUCAGACAAAGUGGCUGAGAGAUGCAACGGGAAGCAGCAAUGUGAUUUUAAAGCUGACAACUCUGAGUUUGGAGAUCCCUGUCAGGGAACCUACAAGUACCUGGAGGUGGAGUACACAUGUGAGAAGAAGACAGAACCUGAAAGAAGCUCCCCGCAAAAAUCUCCCACUGUUGCAUGUGAGGGAUCAGUGGCUCAACUCCAAUGUGGCAAAGAUGAGUUUAUAUCUGUGAGCACAGCCACAUAUGGACGCCGUGACCAGAAAACCUGCUCCGCUGGGCGACCUGAAGGGCAGUUACAGAACAUCAAAUGCUCCAGCAGCUCAGGCAAAGUGGCUGAGAGAUGCAACGGGAAGCAGCAAUGUGAUUUUAAAGCUGACAACUCUGAGUUUGGAGAUCCCUGUCAGGGAACCUACAAGUACCUGGAGGUGGAGUACACAUGUGAGAAGAAGACAGAACCGGAAUGCAUCUCCCAGAAAGACUCGGCCUUGGCAUGUGAGGGAAGAGUAGCUAAACUCCGAUGUGGCAAAGGGGAGGUCAUAUCUGUGAGUGGAGCCACAUAUGGACGCCGUGACCAGAAAACCUGCUCCAUUAGGCGACCUGAAGGGCAGUUAAAGAACACCCAGUGCUCCAUGAGCUCAGACAAAGUGGCUAAGAGUUGCAACGGGAGGCGGUGGUGUAAUUUUAAAGCAUCCAACUCUGUGUUCGGAGAUCCGUGCGUUGGAACCUACAAGUACCUGGAGGUGGAGUAUACAUGUGAAGUGCCUGAAAGAAGACUCCAGAAUGCAACCGCUGUGGUAUGUGAGGGAAAAGGGGCUAAACUCCUAUGUGGUAAAGGUGAGGGUAUAUAUGUGAGCAGAGCCACAUAUGGACGCCGUGACCAGAAAACCUGCUCCACUGGGCGACCUGAAGGGCAGUUAAAGAACACCCAGUGCUCCAGCAGCUCAGACAAAGUGGCUAAGAGAUGCAACGGGAGGCGGGCGUGUAAGCUUAGAGCAACCAAUUCUGUAUUUGGAGAUCCCUGUGUUGGAACCUACAAGUACCUGGAGGUGGAUUAUUUAUGUUAUGCUACUAUGACUGGAUAAAGCUCCAACCAUCAUCAGAUUUCCUGUGCUCUGUAUGAAGUGCAUCAUAAUCAGAAAUGUCUACAGAGUGACUAAAUGCAUUUUUUCAACUUCAUCUCUCUUUGUUUACUUCUGUUUUCUUAACUUCUACUUCACACGUAGCUUCAAUUUCAUUCAUUUGUAACUCCAACGUUUUCAUUUUGGUGCCUUAAUAAACCUAAUUUGCAUGUAAA